UCCGGAGGACCUCCCGGUGCGCUGACACAGCGGAGCGCAAAAUACUUGAUCAUUGAUAAAUACUUGCCCCUCCGUGUAGUCGUUACAAGAUUGAAAUGGCCCUAUACAAAAACAGUUGAUAGACGCAGAAGCAAUCGGUCGAAAAACAUGCUAACAUAUGGAACAUAGAAAGUGAAUGCAAGAAAGUUCGUGUAGAUUUGACUUUGCUGACGUUUUUUUUUAGAGUGUUGAUAUACGUAGAGCAUCAAGGAAAUGCUGACGACGACAAACACAUCAUACAUGACUGAGGGUGGCAUAGGAUGAGGAUCCGGGUGAGAGGAACUCCAUGGCGGCCCCUCGGCCCACAGACGAAGAACUGCUGCGCAGCCCUCCACAGGAGAUGCUGCGCUGGCUGCACAGAGCAGAGGCGGAGAAUCUCAAGGUGAUGAUGGACCAUGGAGCAAUGAUGCGAGAGGUCAACCGUCGGAUGCAGGUGCACCUAAUGGAGAUCCGCAGCCUCCGGGAGGUGAACGAACGACUGCAGCGAGACAGUGAGGAAUUGAGAGAUCUGUGCUGCUUCUUAGAUGAUGACCGCCAGAAGGGGCGCAAGUUGGCCCGUGAGUGGCAGCGGUUUGGACGUUACACUGCCUCGGUCAUGCGUCAGGAGGUGGCCGCCUACCAAGGGAAGCUGCGGGGCCUUGAUAUCAGGCAACAAGACUUGCUGCGCGACAACCUGCAGCUCAAAGAACUGUGCCUAUACCUGGACCAAGAAAGAAAUCGGCACACAUGCCCCAACUGUGGAGGAAGCCUCCUCGACUCCCGACGUGAUGAUGGAGAUGGCAGUUCAUCAUCAGCCACCAAUCAAGAGUCACCACUUCCUCCUUCGGUGGAAGACGGACGACCCAUAGCCAUUGAAGAGGCAAUCCACCGGCACCGCACAGUUAUCAAUGAGCAAGUAUUACGCUACAUACGGAACUUGGAAAGGCGAAUCCAAGUCCUCGAAAUGGAACAAGGACAAAGCCCUGUAGAGGACACAAACGACAACAGACAAGGGGAAAGGCGAUAUGCAUUACCAUUCCAAGGUCUCGCUAACGGCUCUUCUUCUUCAGACCUGGAACCGUACCUUGGAGUUGCAAGGCCUGAGGCUGUAGUCCACGCCAUGAAGGUUCUGGAAGUCCGGGAACAGCUUGACAAGACUACAGAUAGUGAGCCAGAAUUUGAGGAAUUGGCAGAAGGGGAAAAGGCCUUAGUCAGGGAAAUGUGCAACGUGGCGUUGGCACAGCGCACAUUCCAUGUCAGAGGGCCACGUGCUUUGGUGCAAUGGAGAUGACUGUGAUGAUCAGAUCUGCUGGCCAGAUCAACUGCUUGCAGCCCAGAUAAGCCUCUGUCGGUGAAGGUGAUGAGAUCCAAGAGAUGAACUGUUUUGGUUUCGGUUCAUUUGCAUAGUGAAUUUUGGUGAUUGAUAUUUCACAGCAUGUGCUUGUUUCAGGAUUUUUAAAAGAUGAAUAGCUUUCAGAAUCUCUCUUUUGACAGAAGUCCUCGUAUUAAAGAAAUAAUGAAUUUAUGUAGUCAUCUUGUAGUUAGUUACUCUCUUCGAAAGGAUGUCUGCCUAGCCGUAUAGCUCAACUGCAAAAGUGACAUCUGUGCUGCUCUCGUUGCCUUUUUAUAAAAAUACUGGAAAGAAGAAAAGAAAAAAAAGCACCCUGUAUAAUGAACCAUAUAUUGAAGUAAAUCUGUAGUCCCAGUGUGUUGAAACACCAACCAUGAACUGCUGAUAUGCUAUAGUGGUUUAGCAGUCCAACUAACUUCACUAUAAAGAUGUUCUGAACUAGGGCAUGUGGGCAUUUCCAUGCAAUUCUGCACAGCACUGCUGUACCUCUCACAAAGAAACUCUUUCCACAUGGCAGUAACCGAGACUUGUGUUAGAGCAAACAAGUACCUCUAGAGAUAGUACUUCUGUUCAUUUUUUUUUUAUCUUUUUCUUUACAGAUUGUGUGGCGCAAACUGGAAGAUGGCCCAACGUGAAAAUAUCCGCUCACAAUGUUUUAACUUAUUGUAUCAUCAUUAAAGCAUGCAUCCUUUCA